CCUUAUCAUACUUGAAGCCACACCCCUCCUCGUCCUUCUUAUCUUCACAAGCGGCAGCAACUUGGAUCAACGAUUGUUUUCGUGUUGCCUGUUCAACUUUGUUUUUAUUCUCCGAUGCUGAUCGGCUUGCCUCGCACGUGAGUAGCUUUCUGGUCCUGUGCAUCAACAGGGCUUACUGCAGGCAAACGAUUGCAACAAUGUCUGAAUUGGCCUCACUACAAUCUCUCAGCAAUGACAGUCCUCCACCGGACGACCUCGAAGCCGAACUGGAUGCGUUCCUGCAACCGCUCCUCAUCGACGACGGCGUGGUCCAUAAUCUCGCCUAUCAAUUCUCUAAGGUGUACGAGGAGGUGGCAUUGCGCUCCGACGAGCAGUUUUUGCCCACUCCAGUGACUCAACUACCGUCAGGACAAGAGACAGGUCAAUUUCUCGCCAUCGAUGUCGGUGGCACCAACUUACGGGUCGCCUUCAUUGAGUUGCUGGGCGAUGCUGACGAUAUCGCCACCACCAUCAACGGAGCGGAACGGUCACGUGAAACCCUCCGCAAUGCUCAGCGACCACGAGUGCGCCGCACGUUGGAGAAGGCUUGGCCAAUCGGCGAGCAUUUGAAGAUGGACAAGACCGAAGACCUGUUCGCCUGGAUUGGCGACUGUAUUGCAGAGGUUGUAGGUGAUCGGCUCAGCUCUGACAUGGGGAAAGUUCCCGUUCCCGAGGAACUGCCAAUGGGUAUCACUUUCAGUUUUCCGAUGAUACAAGAUAAGCUAGCAUCGGCAACACUUAUGCCUAUGGGUAAAGGCUUUACCAUCAGUUCCGACCUGGACUUAGGCUCCACUUUACUGCAAGGCUAUGCGCGCCACACGCGAAAACAACCACCUUCAGAGUCAUCGCCACGCGCAAAGAGAAGAAGGCUGGGACCAUUGCCUGACCUCAAGAUCGUAGCUAUCACCAACGACACCAUCGCUACUCUAGCAUCACUGGCGUACAGCGUCAAAUCUUUGCCUAACUCGCGAGUUGUGGCUGGUAUCAUUGUUGGUACGGGAACCAACGCCACGAUUCCCAUGAAGUUCUCCAGUUUGGGCGGCUCCAAGGUUGAGCCAAUCCGACAGAAUAAACCUGAAGCGACAGAGACCGUGGUGAACACCGAAGUCACCAUUGCAGGCGCAUGCGGGCCAUUACAGGCCGUCACCACGGAAUGGGAUCAACAACUUGACGCUGCUUGCGCUCGACCUGGCUUUCAACCACUUGAAUACAUGACUGGAGGCCGGUAUAUCGGUGAGCUCGUCCGCAUCAUAUUCCACGACUACAUGACAAGGGCACACAAACCACCUGUGCCUUCAACUUCUUUGCCAGCAACAAUUGUACACCCAUACAGCUUCACUACCACUUUUGUUAGUGCGGUGGUCGCACGAGCCCGGUCAAAUUCGGAAUUGGCGGGUGAGUUGAAACGUCGGAUCCCACCUCCAGAAUCAUCGAAUUGGGGUUGGUCGCCGCAUUCGGCCAGUGCUCUGCGCCGUAUCGCACACCUCGUUCAGGUACGAUCUGCUGGUCUUAUCGCAGCGUCGACCGUGGGAUUGCUGGCCACGGUUGGCGAGAUUGCUUUGUGCGAGCCCGGUAGCCCUGCGUCCCUACCAGACGCGAUCUUCUCAAGCGACAGUAAGCCUUCCUCGCCAAAGGCCAGCCAUCUGUCACUGCCCUCACGCGACAUUCGCGACGGCUUGUCACCAGCUCCUGGUGCGACAGCCUGGAAGUCUGGCCCAGAAGAGUUGGUAAUUGCCUAUACUGGAGGUAUUAUUCAACAUUAUCCCAACUUCAAAGAACAAUGUCAGCGUUAUGUUGACCGACUGGUGAUGAGGGCAGGGCCACAAGAUGGCGGGAAAAGUGUUUUCCUACGGGAGGCUCGUGAUGGCGGCAUUAUAGGCGCAGGGGUGUUGGCCGCAAUGCAGAUGCCGUCGUCGUGACCUUGGCAGGGGUGAGAACGAGAACAUAUGGCCUGAGUCCUUCAAUAGGGAUGGCUCUGGAAAGUCAUUCGUGGCAGAAGCCCGGCCGCUGGUAGACACGACCAGCAGUAUCCAUGCCCAUCAAGGAUUACGAUAGGAAGCUGGCAAAGCCAGGAGUAGGCGACUUUUUGACU